AUGUCUCUUUUAUUUAAUACAAGACUAGUUAAAUGCAUAAAAAGAAUUUUUCCUGUUGUCAAACAUAAUAUAUCGAUCAAUAGUUAUAAACAAACAUUAGUGUUUCCUAAUUCAAAUCAAAGUGCACAAACUUCUAUAAGAUACAUUCUGUCAAAUCGUACGAAUACAGCAAAAUCAAUAGUCUUUGGAUUUUCAUUACUUGGUUUAAUUGGACUUGACGAGAGUGAUAAAGAUAAAGAACUAAUCUAUACCAUUAAAAAAGGCCUGUUGCAAUUGCAAAAUGACGAUUACAAUGCUUUUGAACAAACAUUACAUGAGGCUCUCAAAAUGGCCUUUGAUUUAAAGAAUUUUGAUGGUGUUACAUAUGUAUACGAUGUGUUAGCAAAUGGAGCAUUUAUGAAUAAGGAAUAUGAAAAGGCAAAAAAUCUAUUUACCACAGUCAUUAGUCGGUUAUUUGAACAAGGAGGCCUUGAAGACGAUCUUAACGUUCUACACAUAAGUCUUAAACUUUCUAAAAUUUACGAAGCUCAAAAAGAUUAUAAAAAUUCUGAAAUUGGUUACCUAUACUGUGUACAACGUUUGGAGAAGAAGUUUAAAAUUGAUCCUGAAAACGAAGACGUUUUAGGUUUAUAUGCUAUAACAUUAGACGCAUAUGCUCGUUAUUUAAUGAACCAAGGACAAACUAAGAACGCAAGAGCGUAUUUUAGAAAGGCCUAUAAUGCUAGUGUUAAGUUGAAUGGAGAAAUAUUUGAAAUGAAUGUCAUUUUAUUGAAUGAUCUGGGAACACUAUGCUAUAUUCAAGGAAAGUUAGAUAAAGCAUUACACUACUUUAGAAAGGCAGAACAAAUUGGGCAACAUCUUCCUGACAUGGAAAAUUUUUCGACGGUAUAUAUAAACCUUGGUAAUAUUUACUUAAAACAAGGGAUGUUAAAAGAAGCAGAACAAAAUUGUGUGGAAGGAAUGAAAAAUGCUAAACGACAUCGUUAUGACGAAGGCAAAAAAGAAGCAGAAAUUUGUUUAGCUGAAAUAAAAAGUGCUAUGAAGUGA